CAGAACUGUCAUUCCGCACACACAACACAAAACUACAACCCCGCCGACCCAACUCGAUCACUGCUGGUUGAGUCACACUCUUUCGGCCGACUUCGGGAAGAGGCGAACCAAAGCCGUUCCCAAAAGGCCAGCAGCUGCUUCGACGCGUUCUGCACCAUUUUGCAAUAUCGCGUGGUACCUCCAAGGCAACUCACGACCGGCCCAGGAGACGGAACAGCUGAGGAACAAUGUCCAUCAACUUCCCCAAGGAGGAAGAGGCCACCAUCGAGAGAUGGCGCGCCAUCAACGCCUUCCAUCGCCAGCUCGAGCUAUCUGAGGGUCGCCCACGAUAUACCUUCUACGACGGACCGCCCUUUGCCACAGGCCUUCCCCACUAUGGCCACUUGCUGGCAUCGACUAUCAAGGACAUUAUACCCAGGUACUGGUCCAUGAAAGGUUAUCAUGUCGAGCGCCGCUUUGGCUGGGACACCCAUGGCCUGCCAAUCGAGCACGAGAUAGACAAGAAGUUGGGCAUCUCGGGCAAGGCUGCAGUGACCCAAUUCGGUAUCGAGAAGUACAAUGAAGAGUGCCGUGCCAUUGUGAUGCGCUAUGCCGGCGAGUGGCGCCAGACCAUCGAACGGCUUGGUCGCUGGAUAGACUUCGACAAUGACUAUAAGACUAUGGACCCAAAGUUCAUGGAGACCCUUUGGUGGGUUUUCAAACAACUUUUUGAAAAGGGACAGGUAUACCAGGGCUAUCGCGUGAUGCCCUACUCGACCGUUCUUACGACUGCCCUCAGCAAUUUCGAGGCCAAUCAGAACUACCAGGAUGUCACAGAUCCGGCCGUGGUUGUAUCAUUUCCCCUCCUUGACGAUCCCAACGUCAAUCUUCUGGCUUGGACAACCACUCCUUGGACGCUUCCAUCGCAUACUGGCCUCGCUGUGCACCCUGACUUUGAAUAUGUGAAGAUCCUCGACGAAAAGUCUGGAAAUACAUAUAUCCUGCUUGAGAAACUCCUCAGUACACUGUACAAGGAUCCCAAGAAGGCAAAGUUCAAGGUCCUGGACAAGUAUACUGGCAAGGAGAUGAAGGGUUGGCGCUAUAAGCCCUUGUUCGACUACUUCUACGAGGAGUUCAAGGAUAUUGGUUUCCGUGUUCUCAACGGUACCUAUGUCACCGACGACAGCGGUACGGGAAUUGUGCAUCAAGCCCCGGCUUUUGGUGAGGAAGAUUACAAUGUCGCCAUGGAGGCCGGCAUCAUCAGCGAAAGCCGCCCUCCGCCCGAUCCCGUUGACGAUACCGGCCACUUUACCGAUCGAGUACCAGAUUUCGCAGGCAUGCACGUCAAGGAAGCUGACAAGCACAUUAUCAAACAUCUGAAGAACACCGGCCGCCUCAUCGUGGACUCGCAAAUUCGUCACUCGUAUCCCAUGUGCCCCCGGUCCGACACACCCUUGAUCUAUCGCGCGGUCCCUUCAUGGUUCAUCCGCAUACCGGAAAUUGUUCCUGACAUGCUGAAGAACAUAGAGGGUUCCCACUGGGUACCUUCCUUCGUUAAAGAGCGUCGAUUUGCCAGCUGGAUCGCCAACGCCCGGGACUGGAACGUGGGAAGAAACCGAUACUGGGGAACGCCAAUUCCUCUAUGGGUCAGCGACGAUCUUGAGGAACGGGUCUGCAUUGGAAGUGUCGAAGAGCUACGCGAGCUGAGUGGCUACGAGGGAGAACUUGUCGACAUUCAUCGUGACAAGGUCGACCAUAUCACAAUCCCGAGCAGAACUGGCAAGGGAGUUCUGAGGCGAGUCGAAGAGGUAUUUGAUUGCUGGUUUGAGUCAGGGAGCAUGCCCUACGCCAGCCAGCACUAUCCAUUCGAAAACGCCGAGAAAUUCCAGCAGUCGUUUCCCGGCGACUUCAUUGCGGAGGGUUUGGACCAGACGCGAGGGUGGUUCUAUACCCUUCUCGUUCUUGGCACGCAUCUUUUUGGUUGCUCACCAUUUCAGAAUUGCGUUGUCAACGGUAUCGUGCUCGCUGAAGAUGGCAAGAAAAUGUCGAAGAGACUCAAGAACUACCCAGACCCAGGUAUUGUGAUGGACAAGUACGGGUCAGAUGCCCUCCGCCUCUAUCUCAUCAACUCUCCCGUUGUGAGGGCCGAGCCUCUGCGCUUCAAAGAGAGCGGAGUCAAAGAGGUAGUGCAGAAGGUACUUCUACCGCUUUGGAAUAGCUUCAAUUUCUUCGAGAACCAAACGGCACUCUUGAAAAAGGUUGAGGGCGUCGACUACAUGUGGGAUCCCAGCAUGGAAUCUAGUAACACCAACGUCAUGGAUCGCUGGAUCCUGGCAAGCUGCCAAAGUCUUCUGCAGUUUGUUAACGACGAAAUGCGAGGAUACCGCCUUUAUACGGUCGUACCACGCCUGCUUGGGCUGAUUGACAACACCACCAACUGGUAUAUCAGAUUCAACCGCCGAAGAUUGAAGGGCGAGAACGGUCUGGAUGACACGCUUCACGCUCUUAAUGCGCUUUUCGAGGUGUUGUUUACGCUUUGCCGCGGCCUCGCUCCUUUCACGCCAUUUCUAUCGGACACAAUCUAUCUGAAGCUCCUUAAGCACAUCCCAAAGCAAUUACAAGGGGAGGACCCUCGCAGCGUUCAUUUUCUUCCUUUUCCGGAGGUACGGGAGGAAUUGUUCGAUGCCGAGGUUGAGAGGAGAGUAUCAAGGAUGCAGCGCGUCAUCGACCUCGCGAGAGUUUCGCGCGAGCGACGAGGAAUUGGCUUGAAGACGCCACUCCGCACCUUGGUCGUGAUCCAUCACAACCAGCAGUACCUGAACGAUGUUGGGUCGUUGGAGAGCUACAUCAAGGAAGAGCUAAAUGUGCGAGAUCUUGUGCUCUCCUCCGACGAGGCAAGCUACGACGUCCAAUUCAGCGUAGUAGCCGACUGGCCAGUGCUGGGCAAAAAACUACGGAAAGAUAUGGCUCGUGUCAAGAAGGCGCUCCCGACCCUGACGAGUGAGCAGGUGCAGGGCUACUUGCGUGAUAAGGAGAUUUUCGUGGAUGGCAUUCGACUCGAGGAGGGAGACCUGGUCGUGCGACGAGGUCUGCGUGAGGACACCGCUUCAAAAAAUCUGGAAAUCAACUCCGACAAUGAGGUGCUGAUCAUUAUCGAUUCGGAGAUUUAUCCUGAAUUGGCCCAGGAAGGCCUGGCUAGAGAGGUCAUCAAUCGCGUUCAGCGUCUGCGGAAGAAGGCAGGCCUUCAGGCAACAGACGACAUCCGAAUGGAGUACCGGGUGUUGGCAGAUCCUCAGGAUAUUGGUCUGGGAGAGGUGCUCUCAUCACAGACCAGCGCCUACGAAAGAACCUUGCGACGUGGUUUGGAUGAGCUGCGGGAAGGUGUCGACCCGAAGGACAUCAUUGCCGAGGAGGAGCAGGAGGUGCAGCAGGCAACGUUCCUGCUCCGACUGAUGAAAUUGUAAGGCCCAGAUGCGGAUAGCAUGCUUUGCAGACGAGGCCAUGGACAUGUAGACCGCCUUGUGAGGGUAGAGAGGAAAUAAAUGUCCACCUUCGCAGUUUGGUCGGAACUGAGGGUAGAAAACCAUCAUAUGUCCUUGGCAACCUCGACAAGUUGUGGUCAAAGCACUCAAACCCGAGCAGCAGGCAACAUGGCGCGAAACUUCAAAUUGAUCUUUUAGCAGCUAUCUUCUAUUCCAAAAUCGAUCAGUUCGGCGGCCAUGACAAAUGGUUUCAGUAGACAUACCAGGCAGCAAUCUUUCAAUAUCAUGAACUCCUUGAC